AUGUCUAGCGAGGACGACUCGAUCACACCGCGUCGGAAUAUCGAGGCACAGAGUGCAUUCGCUUCUACGUUGGUGAACGAUGUUGAAAAAGGCGAGCCGUCGAAAUAUGGUGUUCGUUCUGAGAAGGAGUAUAAGAAUUUAUUUGGGUUGAAGAUCGAUACACUUGAGACUCAUGCUGGAACUGAUGCUGUUUUUGCGGCUAAGGCUCAGCUGCUAAAUCAGGCUUUAUUGGAUGUUGGGAUGGGGAAGUAUCAGUGGCUUCUGUUUUUAAUGACCGGUGUGGGGUGGUUCCUUGAUAGUUUCUGGGUUAUGUCUUUUUUGGUUAUUGCCCCGUCUGCUAGUAAUGAAGCCCAGUUCUUCUUCUCGGGUAAUAAUGAAGAUUACCUAUUCAUCACCUUGUUUGUCGGUUUGACCGUCGGUGGGACGCUUUGGCCGAUGAUGUCCGACGUGCUGGGUCGGAAGUGGAUGUUCACGAGCACGAUCGUGCUUAUGGGAAUGGGAGGCCUGGUUGGUGCAGGCAUGCCCUCGUUCACUGGACUCUCCGUCGUGGGAUUUGUCGUCGGCUUUGCUGUGGCCGGCAACAAGAGCGUUGAUGCCAUGAUCCUUCUGGAGUCGCUCCCUGCAUCCCAUCAAUUCUUGGUCGCCAUGCAAGGUGUAUUCUGGGGAUUAGGACAAUUGGUCGCGUCGGCUGUAGGCUGGGCUUUCAUUGCGAUUUACACCUGUGGUACUGGCCCUGACGAAAAGAGUGGUGCGUUCUCAGUUACCAGCCACAAGCGUGCGCACUCCGGCUCCUCGAGCAGCAGCAGCAGCAGCAGCAGUGCCUCUUGCCACUAUGUCAGUAACAAAGGCUGGCGAUAUGUCUGGUGGACCUUCGGAUGCAUCACCUUGUUCCUGUAUCUCUGCCGCUUCGCACUGGCCUUCUACGAGACCCCCAAGUUCUUGUUAGCCCGUCGUCGUGAUGCCGAGGCUACCCAGCUAGUCAAGGAUAUUGCUCAACACAACAAGCGACAGACUUGGAUCACCGAAGCAUCCUUCGCGCGCAUUGAUUCUACGAUCGACGGAUCUGAAGCCGAAUUGCGCACCAAGUCUCGCACUAAGGCUCUGGUGUCCUCCAUUGGUCCUGUCGGCACACUAUGCCUUACCCUCCUAUGGGCGGUCAUGGGUUUGACAUUCAUCCUUUACAAGACCUACAUCGGCAACUACCUCGCUGAGCACAGUGGCGUGGGCAAAGUCACCGCCACAACAGUCAAUACUCCGUAUCUGUACAGUCGCUAUGUGUAUAUCGCCAUCUGCGCCAUCCCAGGCCCGGUCGUCGCGGCCCUCCUGAUGGAAGUCAAGGGAAUCGGACGCAAAUCCACAGGUGCUGGAAUUGCAGUUUUGACUGGACUGUUCAUGCUAGUAUCUGCUGUUUCUGAGUCUCGAAAUGCACUCCUGGGCUUUGAGUGUGUUCUGAGCUUUUUACACUUCGCCGGCUUUGCGACCCUCACAAUUUACACCGUUGAGGCCUUCCCUACCCCGACUCGUGGAUUUUCACUCGGAUUUAUGGGCUUCUUCUGGGGUCUCUUUGGAAUGAUUGCGUGUAUCAUCACUACGUUUAAUAGCACUGUUGUCUCAGGCGGUGGACCUUUUUGGUUCUGUGGUGCUAUUUGGAUUGUCAUGGCUGGUGCUUGGAUUGCUUUGCCUGAGACACAAGCCAUGGCAUCUGCUUAA